AUGACACUGAUGGUAAUCCCCGUCUCACAGCACAAAUUAAUCAAAAUCCGGAAAAGAAAUCGGCAAAAGUUAACGAAAAUCGCUCUUUAUUGCUCGACAGCCGGCGCUUUCUGCAAUCUGUUGGGCAGCUCAACAGACAGCUGGAUUUCGACAUCCGAAGUUCUCAAAUAUUACCGCUUUCCGAAUUCCACUGAAUAUAGUAUCAGCCACGAUGGAUAUGGCAUUGAACAGGUUUAUUUCAAGAAUGCCACCCUUGGACCAUGGACUUUUUGCUGGUCAGAUCCUACUUACGAAUUCGAUUGCUACCCGGUGAACUACUGGAUCGAUGAUGAGCCAUCCGAUGUUACAACUGGAGUUCAACAAGGCGUUCGCAAAUCCUCACUUUUCAUGGUGCUCGGCGUAAUUUUUGAUCUUCUUGGUGCUCUUGUUGGAUAUUUGUGCUUUCGUAGAAGAAAUCCGUAUGGAUGGCUGCUUUGCUCGGCGUUAUUGCAUAUUUUUGCGGGGAUGACCAAUUUCCUGUGCAUCAUCGUUUAUAUGGCAUCCGUAUCAAGAGAAGUUGGCAACAAAAUCUACCCGGCUUCCGAAUUGGACGAUCCGAUAUUCUACUAUCACUAUGGCUUUUCAUUCAUUUUGGUUAAAUGCAGCUUUUUGUUGACAGAAACGGCGGCUCUUUUGACAGUGGUUGUCUUUAUGGCGAAACGGGAUGAAAGAACUUUUCACCGCUACAAGAUGCGCUCGUUGAUGAAUUUCAAGAAAAUUACCCAAGACGGCGAUUUGAGAACAGCCGUUCCAGAGGCGACCACCGGGCAUACACACGCGAGAUUUUCUUCUUCAAGACAUCGAGUCUCAUUCGUGGGGAGUCGUGGAAGUCGAACGUCUUUUGAUCACAUCUAUCAACCAUCAUCGCGAAUGUCGAUCAGUAGCUCGGCUGGAAGGGUCACUCCGACGCUGCUACCUUUCAUGCGUCCUCCUCAACAAAACGUCUUAAAUAAAGGCGUAUUGAAUCGCUUCCCGAAUCCCAACCAUCAAAGGAGUCGUGAGGAAAUCGAGGAAAGGCGGAAACAAAUCGACGACAAUUUGGCCACCGUUGUGAUACUU